CCGCCGCGCCUCCCUCCGGUCCCCACUCCCGCCCUGGCACGAAGCGGCGGCCGUGCAGGAGGGUUUGCCGCACCCGUGGGUUCUGCCUCGGCGCUCUCUGCCCCCGUCCUCAUUCCUCCUCCGCGGGGCGCUGCGAAGCACAUAUUCGUAGACUUUUUGAAAGUAUUAAACGUAACCCUAUUUAGUUCGUGCAACCCAAGCUUACUCAUGGCGCAGCGAGCCCUGGGUUCCGCGUCCCCCAUCGGCCCCUGCCCGCCCUCAUGGGCGCUUCUCCACCCGCACUCCGGUUAGCCGUGCUGGGCUCCGGGUGGGCCAUCCUAGGCUUCUCCGUGCCUUUGCACGCGCUGUUCCUUUGUGGCGCGCCUUCCUCUACGCGAACCUUGCUGCUGGUUAUUAAAGCAUCUUGUUCUAGAUCCUGCUGUAAAAUCUGUCAGGAGACCCCAGGGGAAUGUUUUCAAAGGAAUAUGUACAGUUUAACUUAGUCGUAGCUGUCAUUUACAGAGCAGUCUGUGUGUGUACAUCACAUAUGUCAUCACUGAUCCUCACAGCAGUUCUGCAGGGUAGUAAUUUUACAGAUGACAAGUCUGAGGCUCAGCAUCUAAAUAAUUUACCAACUUCAGGCACCUGAUGAAAGACUGUUGAAAUUCAAACCCAUUUCGGUCUAAAUUCGCUGUCUGCUUUUUCUAUUGUGCCACGUUAUCUGCACCAUAUUAAUUUCUGUAAGCCAGAAUAUAUCAGAAAAUGAAUGUCAUGAAGAGCAGUUGUUAAUAGCGUAAGGUGUGGACUAAAUAAUGGUUCAGGAAAUGACAGAAGCUAGAUAGUAGGAAAGUAUUUCAGACAGUCACAUUUAGAGAUUGCUAGUUUGAAGUUUAGAAAUGUGUUAUCUUUUUCUGUCAGAAGUACACAGAACAUGGAACAGAUGCUGGGGACACUGUGUCCCGGUUCCUGACUGUGCCUCCAUCCAGCUCCUCUGAACUCUGUGUGCUGUGAGGUGUUUUCCUGGAGCUUCUGUCUUCAGAAGAGGUUCAGUUUAAGUGGCAGCGAUUGAGAGAAUGAAAAUGGGAGUGCUUUUCAGAGGCGGUGCAUUCUAGAUUUCGAGGAGGGAGGGCAGGCAGGCACUGUUGCACUAGAAAUACCAAUGCCCAGUGCUUUGUUUUGAAAUCAGCAGACGGUGAAGGAAGUAAGGUUAUAAACUCCAGUGCCAGAUCCAGAUUUAUACCAGCUCAGUCAGGUAAUAACUAUAAGAACCUGGGCAAGUAAUUUAAUUCUGAUGAUCUUCAGUAUCCUUGUGAUACCUACAGCUUAGAGAGGUGAGGAUUAAAUGAGAAGAAACUGGGCCUCAGAAACGUUAACCCAUUUACUCGGCACAGCAAAAACGUGGAAGAGUGCGGACUUGAACCCGCGUCUUAGGGUUCCAGGCCCGUCUCAGUACCGCCUUCACUGUGUGCUGAUGGCCGUUUGCAUAUAGCAGCUGGAAACACCCAGGUUAGGGUCACUUGCCUGUCUCGAGUGAGUUCCUUGUUUGUACAAAUGGUCCAAAAUGCUGGUCAGUGGUAAGGAGCACUGUUCCCUACGAGACGUUUCCAGGCCACCGAGUAGGCAUGGCGUUGUAAUGGAAUGAGUAGGGCCCAUACUCGUCAUCUGCGUGCUGUUGGGGUACUGUUAACUGUCUGGUCAUGAUUUCAAAGUCCAUCUUUUACUUGUUUGUGAUAAUAUAUAUUUUAUUUUAUAGCAUAUCAGAGUUAUCCCUAGAUUCAACCCUUCAUGCCAUCAACCUUCAUUGCAAUAACAUCUCGAAGAUCGAAGCCAUUGGUCACGUUUGGAAUUUACAACAUUUAGAUCUGUCAUCUAAUCAAAUAAGUCAAAUCGAAGGGCUUAGCACACUCACAAAACUAUGCACUUUAAAUUUGUCCUGCAAUUUGAUCACAAGAGUAGAAGGACUCGACGCACUAAUUAAUUUGACUAGACUGAAUUUAUCUUAUAACCACAUAAACGAUCUUAGUGGUUUUAUACCCCUUCACGGCAUCAGACAUAAGCUUCGGUAUGUCGACCUGCACAGCAACUGCAUAGACAGCAUCCAUCACCUGCUCCAGUGCGUGGUGGGCCUGCACUUCCUAACCAACCUUAUUUUGGAGAAGGAUGGAGAGGACAAUCCCGUCUGUCGGGUACCAGGGUACAGAGCAGUUAUGCUCCAGACUUUGCCACAGCUUCGAAUCCUAGAUUGCAAGAACAUAUUUGGUGAGCCAGUGAAUCUGUCAGAAGUAAAUUCAUCGCGUCUACAGUGCUUUGAAGGCCUCUUGGAUAAUUUAGUUUCUUCUGAUUCUCCCCUAAACAUAAGUGAAGAUGAGGUCAUUGACAAUAUUCCAGUAGUGACACCACCCAUCAGUGACAUGGUACCCUUGGAACAGUUCGCCAACACACCAGCAGAUAAUGAUUUGACGUCCUUUACAUCUGUGUGUCCGUCUGCUCAGCAAGAGAAAGUUAAUCAUGAAACCGAUUUUGAGAAUGAGAUGAAACUUCAGAAAUUAGAUGAUCAAUUUAUACAGCUUCUAAAUGAAACUUCUAGUUCUUUAAUAGAUACUGUUCCCGAGAAAGAUCUCAGACCUAAAAGAGACACAGAUGUGACUUCUGAAAGUGACUAUGGACACAGAAAAGAGUGUAAUAGAAAAAUUCCUCGAAGAUCAAAAAUCCCAUAUUAUUCCAAAACUAUUCAGACUAUUAAGCACCACAAUAAGAACAGCAAUCCCUUUAUAAGUGGUAACCGUAAAAUGAAACAACCUAUUUUUAAAGAAUUAUACGUACGGUCAUCGUUAGCGAACUAUGAUGUGUCAGAAGAACCGGAAGAGCAGAAGACAGAACUAAUUAAAGUGGACAACAGUAGCUCCGAAGACAACACCUACCGGGUACUAGUUGAACAGCUGGACCAGGAGAGAGAGAAGAGGUGGAAAGCCGAGCAGGCCGAAAAGAAGCUCAUGGACUAUGUCGACGAGCUGCACAAACAGGCGAACGAGAAGAACGACAUCCAGUGCCUGGCCCUGCUCACCACGGACAGGCUAAAGGACAUUAUUUUUAAAGAGAGAAGUUCCAAAGUACAGCUGGAAGUUAUGGUUCACAAACUUCAAAGUGAAAUUAAAAAGCUAACGAUUGAGUUGAUUAAAGCAAGAGAUCAGCAGGAGGACCACAUCAGACACCUGAGAACCCUGGAAAAGGCGUUGGAGAAAGUGGAGAGGCAGAAGGGGCAGCAGCAGGCGGCACAGAUGCGGCUCAUCCAGGAGGUAGAGCUCAAAGCCGCCGCCGCCGACCGGGAGAUCAGCCUGCUGCGGACGUCCCUUCACCAGGAAAAGGAGCAGGUGCAGCAGCUUCAUGACCUGCUGUCGCUGAAGGAAGAGGAGCACAGGAAAGAACUUGAAACAAGGGAGUUUUUUAGUAAUGCUGAGUUCCAGGAAGCCGUGGCCAAGGAAGUAGCUAAGGAGGAGGCGCGGCACGAGGAGGAGAUAAAGGAGUACCAAGGGAAGGUGGAGGCGCUGACCCAGCAGUACCUGGACUUGGAGAACGAGUUCCGCUUCGCGCUCACCGUCGAAGCCAAAAGGUUUAGAGAUGUUAAAGACGGUUUUGAAAACGUUGCCACCGAGUUAGCAAAGAGCAAGUACGCUCUUGUUUGGGCUCAGCGGAAAGAAAAUGAGUCUUCCUCUCUGAUCAAAGACCUCACCUGCAUAGUGAAGGAACAGAAAACAAAACUCGCCGAAGUUUCCAAACUGAAACAGGAAACCACAGCAAAUUUACAGAAUCAAAUCAACACUCUUGAAAUUUUGAUCGAAGAUGACAAGCAGAAGAGCAUCCAGAUAGAGCUGCUCAAGCAUGAAAAGGUCCAGCUGAUUUCGGAGCUAGCAGCCAAGGAGUCGCUAAUCUACGGUUUAAGGACAGAAAGAAAAGUGUGGGGCCACGAGCUGGCACAACAAGGAUCCUGUCUGGCUCAAAAUCGUGGGAAACUAGAGGCUCAAAUUGAAAGUUUAUGCAGAGAGAACGAAUGUCUGCGGAAGACGAAUGAGCGUGACAGUGACACGUUAAGGAUUAAGUGCAAAAUCAUAGAAGACCAAACUGAGACCAUCACGAAGUUAAAAGUCUGUUUACAGGAAAGAGAGGAACAAAUCAAAACGUUACAGGAAAAGAUCACCGAAAUUCAGAAGUGCACUCAAGAACAGCUUGAAGAAAAGUCUUCGCAACUGGACGACAUCAUCGAGAAACUGGAAAGACACAACGAGAGAAAAGAAAAGCUGAAACAGCAGUUGCGAGCGAAGGAGCUGGAACUCGAAGAGAUUAGAGAAGCCUACAGUGCCCUGAACCAGAAGUGGCGCGAUAAGGGGGAGCUUCUGAGUAACCUCGAGAUGCAAGUGAAGGAAGCGAAAGAAAAAUUCGACAACAAGGAACGGACACUGAAGGCGGAAAGGGACAAAAGCAUCGAACUACAGAAGGAUACGCUAGAGAAGCUUCAUAGUAUGGACGAUGCCUUUAAAAAACAAGUCGACGCAAUUGUCGAAGCUCACCAAGCUGAAAUCAUAAAAAUGGCAAGUGAAAAGCAGAAAUAUAUCGAUUCUGCAAACCUAAAGGUUCAUCAGGUUGAAGAAGAAAUGCGUGAACUUCUGCAAGAAACAUGCAAGAACAAAAAAGCAAUGGAAGCGAAAAUCAAGCGACUUGCUUUUGCUCUGAAUGAAAUUCAGCGAGAUUGUGAUAGUUCUGAGACAGGACUUAAUUGAAAUGGACCGGCCGACAUUGUAAAAAUGAUUAAAUAUUGUAACAGUAGUAACUGCUGUGACUUGGAAAUGUCUCUUUCUACACAUUUCAUUCUGAUUCUAUUUUAAAAGACUUUUGAUAAAGUAUUUAAUUGUAUAUGUAGGUUUUUAUAAUAAAUUGUUGAUAAUUAUGUAUAUUAGAAAAACCUAUCAAAAUAACUAGACUUAAGACAUUUUUUCUUGUUUCUGUGCUGUGCAUUGUUUGGGAGUUAAACAUUUGCCAAUGAAUGUAAAUGAAAAUUAAGGUCAUCAUUCGACUAUAUUAGGAAAGUACUUGACUGAUUGUUGUUGCUUAUUGUGUUAAUGAAGAACUAAUUAUAUUUAUUGGUUGUCCUUUA